AUGACCACUGUCCUCGAGUACUCAUCUACCAGGUUACUUCGCUCAUUCCUCAAUGCCCGCAUGACACGAUUCUCAAAGCCCCAAGCCAUGUCAACAGUAUCCAAAACAGCUCAGGACUGGAGCGCAGCGCAAUACCUCAAAUUUGAAGAUGAAAGAACACAGCCAGCACGGGAUCUCCUGGCCCGCAUACCUCUAAAAAGCCCCAAAACAGUCGUCGAUCUGGGCUGUGGCCCCGGAAACUCGACCGCUGUGCUGGAGUCCCGAUUCCCGGAUGCGAAUCUAAUAGGGAUAGAUUCAUCCCCAGACAUGAUUCGCAAGGCUCAAUCCGCGCUUCCACAUCGUGAAUUCACGGUGGGCGAUCUCAGGACUUACAGGCCACACGGACCAGUCGAUCUUUUCUUCUCGAACGCAGUGUUCCAGUGGCUUGGUAAGGAGGAGCGAUUCGUCAUCGUCAAAAAGUUGUUGGAGACUCAGCCUUCAGGAGGCGUUUUCGCCCUCCAGGUUCCAGAUAACCUUAUGGAGCCGUCCCAUGUGUUGAUGCGCGAGACUGCCAAGAACGGACCGUGGGCAUCUGCGCUUCAGAAUGUCAGUCGGGAUGUCUUUCAGACACCGCGGGAGAUUUACGACCUGCUGAAGCCGAUCUGUUCAACAGUGGAAAUUUUCCAUACGACCUACAACCACAGUCUGGAGAAUCACGCCGCAAUUGUUGAAUGGGUCAAGGGAACGGGUCUAAGACCAUAUUUGGAUCCAUUGUCUUUUGACGAAAAGGAGGGGUUCCUUCGUGAAUACCUGAAACACUUGGAGAAGGCAUAUAUGGCGACGUAUGAUGGCCGCGUAUUGCUUGCUUACCCGAGACUCUUCGUCGUUGCCGUGAAGAAGUAG